CGCAAUGAGCGUUGCGAUCAAGGCCAACCGGCUGACCCCAUACAUGUUUCUUGCGCCCGCAGGGAUUAUCCUGAUCUUCGCGCUGCUCUACCCGAUCGGGUACAUGAUCUAUGCGAGUUUCCUGGACUGGAGCCCUAGCCAGAGGAUCGGACAGGCGGAAUUCAUCGGAUUUCGCAACUACGUCAAUCUUUGGGGGGAUGAGGCGUUCCGCGAAAGCUUCUGGGUGACAAUUCGUUUUGCCGCAAUUGUCGUCACGCUUGAAAUGGUGCUGGGCGUUGGUCUGGCCUUGCUGCUGGACCGGAACAUCAAGGGCAUGGCGAUGCUUCGGACGGUUUUCAUCCUGCCGAUGAUGAUCGCACCGAUCGUUGUCGGCCUGAUGUGGCGCUACAUGUAUCACCCGACCGUCGGUAUCUUCAAUCGAACGCUCAAAAAUUUCGGUUUCGAGGGAAUUCCCUGGCUCUCCGACAGCACGUGGUCGUUCAUUGCCAUUGUGAUCGCCGAUGUCUGGCAAUGGACACCUUUCAUUUUCAUUCUGGCCCUGGCCGCCAUGCAGUCGCUGCCGCGCUCGGCUCUUGAGGCUGCCGAGAUCGACGGUGCGAACGAAUGGCAGAAGAUUGUCAUGAUCAAGCUGCCCCUGAUGAUGCCGGUUCUGAUCGUCACGCUUUUGUUGCGGCUUAUCGAUGCGUUCAAGGUGCUGGAAGUUAUCCUGGUGCUCACAAACGGUGGGCCAGGCCUUUCAACGGAAAUUCUUGCGCUCAGGAUUUUCCGUACGGCGCAGGAGUUUCAGGAACUGGGCGAAGCUGCAGCCAUGUCCAACCUCCUUCUGAUGAUGCUGAUGGCGUUGACCAUCGGAAUGUUCGCCUACAGCCGGGUUCAGGAAGCCCGGCUGGCCCGGCAACGUGCCGCUGUUGAAAAGGAUGCCGAUUGA